UGAUAGGUGUAAUUUAGAGAUGAGCUGAGAAGCAACUGAUUGAAAGAGUUUAAGGGAAUACUUUUGUAAGGAUCAUCAAGAGGUACUGUGACAGAAUUGAUGCGAGACUUUUCAUUUUGAGUGAGGAUUUCAAGCGAUCGUUGGUCCUGAGAAAAUGAACAAAGCUAUUGAACUAGUUGAGAGGCUUGUAGAGAGUUUAUGUGCAGAGGCGAAGAAAUAUGGAUUAUUGGGGAAGAUUAAAGGUUUAGAAGAGUCUUUGAAAAAUAUUACUGAUGCUGUUCAGAAGUUAAGAGAAGAAUCAAAUUCUGCUACACAGAAUGAUGAGUUUUUGAGAUAUGAUAAGCUGAAACUUGAAGCUCUUAAGAUUAAGACUGAUAUUUGAAGCUCUAAAUACUAUCAAAAUAAAGAUGAAACGAACCAUAUUUUUGAGCUUUUGUUCUAUUUGCAGUUAUCAAAAUGCUCAAACUCACCGAAAGAUCUUGGAGAAACAAAAAAGAGUGAAAGUGAGAACAAAGCUGUUUAUAAGCAGAAAGGAGCAGCAGUUGACACCAACAAACCUACUAGUGAUACAUGAGCUAAAAUAGAAAAUGAAGUUGAUAACAACCAUGAUCCAGAUAAACCAAAUAAUUCAGAAGAUACUUACGAAAUCAAUAGCACUGACAACAUCCAAGAUCUUAAACAGAUUAUCAAAGAGUUGGAAAAGGAAAACAGCAUUUACAAAGAGAAGGCUUCAAAGGAUGAAGUUAUUAAAUCUUCUUUGUUAAUAGAUCUUGAAGAACUCAAAUUCAAGAUGAUGCAAUUGCAAGAUGAAAAUUCGAAGCUGAAGAGAAAUGUCAAGGAAUUGAAGCAUACUAUUGAACAAUCAGAUACAGCUGUAAAGUCCUAUCGGAGAACCAAAUUUGCUAAAUUUUAUCGAGAUUAUACAGGACAAAACUUUGAGCCGGCCAAGAAAGAGAUAUUAAAGCUUUUGUUUGAAGAAAGAUACAAAGAUCGUAAUAAAAUAUUUCUGAUGAAUUUGAAAUUUGGAAUUCCAGAGUUGACAGGAAUAUCAAUAAAUAUAUCCGAAAAUAAUGAAUUAAACAUGUUAAACGAGUUCUUAAUGAGAUCAAUAGUUGAAAAUAUUUCCCUCUUCCAUUUGGAUCGAAACUAUCAUCGACUCCUUGAUGGCUCAAAGAUUAUAGAAGGACUUUCCCAAGCUUUACCAAAAAUAACCAAAGAGGUAUAUCUCUCAGAGCUCAAGUUAACUUCUUCAGAUUUUUCCAAAAUACUAUCCAGCUCAGCACAGACUCAAAGAUGUAUCGUGGAUAAUUGCAUUCUAACAAUCAGUGCUCCUCUUUCCAUUUCAGUACAGAACUCCAGCAUGAAGCAUUUAGGGUGAACAAGUCUAAAACUGAAGAGUUCUGAUCCUUCAGAAUCCAAAACCAAAGAAGACUUAUUCGAGAUGGUAUUAGACGCAAUUAGCAAGUCGCCUAUUGGAGGUACACUGAAGGUACUAAACAUUUAUGACUCAGAGAUGGAUAGGUGUGAAGUCGAAGAAAGAUUGGACAAGUAUGGACUUGAAGAUAUUGUAGUGAUGUGCUCCUCUCAUGAUGUUAAGUGUUCAAGUUAAUUUUAAUUGUAUGAGUAUUUCAAUUGAUAA